GACCGCGUCCAGGAGCAUUCUAUGCCCAGUGCGCAUGCGGGUGGAGCGCGUCUUCUCAUUAUGACAGCUAACGUUAGCAAGCGCUGUAACCCGAAAGAGGGAGUUCAGAAACGUUGUGGAAUAGACGUAUCGAGCUAACGAGUUAUUGCUUACCGCAAUUAUUUCACGGUUAUUGGGAAUCCGUAAAUUGUUAUACUAAUCAACUUGUUUGUCCUUUGCCUCUCUGCGUGAGCUGGUAAAGAUGAAGCCAGACAUCCACACUCUGGCCCAUCACCUGAAGCAGGAGCGGCUGUAUGUGGCCUCAGAGAAGCAGCUGAUCCAGCGGCUCAAUGGGGACGUGCUGAAGACUGCUGAGAGGCUGUACCGUGCUGCCUGGAUCACCAAGCAGCAGAGGAUCAACCUCGACCGGCUCAUCCUCACCAGUGCUGAGGCUUCUCCGGCCGAAUGCUGUCAGCAUGCCAAAGUGCUGGAGGACACACAGUUCCUGGAUGGUUACAAGACUCUGGGCUUCCAGGAGAGCAUCUAUGGGGAGUUCCUGGGCCGGGUGCGGGAGAAUCCCCGGCUGGUGGCCUCCUGCCUGGUGGCUGGGGAGAGGCUGAACCAGGAGCACACACAGGGGGUCAUUUACACUGUCUUCACCUCACUCUAUGGCAACUGUAUCAUGCAGGAGGAUGAGAGCUACCUGUUGCAGGUCCUGCGAUACUUGGUGGAGUUUGAGCUGAAGGAGAGCGACAACCCUCGGCGGCUGCUGCGGCGAGGAACGUGUGCCUUCAGCAUCCUCUUCAAGCUCUUCUCUGAGGGGCUGUACUCCGCCAAGCUCUUCCUCACCGCCACCCUCCAUGAGCCCAUCAUGCAGCUGCUGGUGGAGGAUGAGGACCACCUGGAGACGGACCCCUCCAAGGUGACGGAGCGUUUCACGCCGGCGCAGCAGGAGCGCCUGUUUGGGGAGAAAGGCUCGGAGGGCUACAGGCAGAAGGUGGCGGCUGCUGUGGAGGCCAAUGAGGCCAAGCUGGUGACCCUGGUCAACAAGUUCAUCGGCUACCUGAAGCAGAACACCUACUGCUUCCCCCACAACCUGCGCUGGAUUGUGUCUCAGAUGUACAAGACUCUGUCGUGUGUGGAGAGGCUGGAGGUGGGCGAGGUGCGGACCAUGUGCACGGACCUGCUGCUCACCUGCUUCAUCUGCCCAGCCAUAGUCAACCCUGAGCAGUACGGCAUCAUCUCAGACGCCCCUAUCAACGAGGUGGCUCGCUUCAACCUCAUGCAGGUAGGGCAGCUUCUUCAACAGUUGGCAAUGGCUGACGGUGAUGGAGACCCCAGGAGGAAGAACAAUUUGGCCAAGUUCGAUAAGAGCUGCGUAUCUGCCUUCCUGGAUGUGGUAAUCGGAGGGAGAGCUGUGGAGACGCCGCCCAUGUCCUCCAUGAACCUACUUGAAGGCCUCAGCAGGACUGUGGCGUACAUGACACACAGUCAGCUGCUCUGCCUGGUGGACUUUGUACGGAGUGUGAUGGCAGGGGACUACCUCCGGGAGGAGGAGCACAUACUCCUGGAGACCCUAAUGGCCAACGUGCCCCAGUCCCGCACAGUGAAAAGCAACAGUCUGGAGCUCACCCCUUCCAACACCCCCCAGCUUUCCCCAACCACCACCCCUGCCAACAAGAAGAACAGGAACUUAGGACAACAGUUAGCAACGUCCUGGGAUUCCACAACCACCACCCUGUCUGCACACAUUCCAUUAGUUACCCCUUUUGAUUGGGAGCAACUAACAGGUUGGGAGCAACUUACAGCCUCCCGCAGUCGCAGCCGUACUGAGCUGGCCCAGCAGGGGGAAGCAGAGGCCAGCUCCAUGGAAUCCCUGCAGGAGGUGAUGCCAGAAGAGGUGCUGGUGAUCUCACUUGGAAGCAGCCCGCAGACCAUCCCCGGCAUGAUGUCAGAGAAUGAGGUGUUGACUGUGCAGCAGACUGAUGGAGCACAAGGGUACACUCCUGCAGACGACACCAAGCACCAUUGCAAACCAGACAAAACCCUGCGUUUCUCCCUCUGUAGUGACAACCUGGAGGGUAUCUCGGAGGGUCCGUCCAACCGGUCUAACUCUGUGUCGUCUCUGGACCUGGAGGGAGAGUCUGUGUCAGAGCUGGGAGCUGGGCCAUCAGGGAGCAAUGGGGUGGAGGCUCUACAACUGCUGGAGCAUGAACAUGCCACCACUCAGGACAACCUGGAUGACAAACUGAGGAAGUUUGAGAUACGAGACAUGAUGGGCCUGACGGAUGACCGGGAUAUCUCAGAGACUGUGAGUGAGACCUGGAGCACAGAUGUGCUGGGCAGCGACUUUGACCCCAACAUGGAUGAAGAUAGACUGCAGGAAAUAGCUGGGGCGGCUGUAGAGAACAUGCUGGGCAGCCUGCUGUGUCUACCAGGCUCUGGUUCAGUGCUGCUAGACCCAUAUGGAUCCACCAUCUCCGAGACCACCAGCGAGGCCUGGAGUGUGGAGGUCCUGCCCAGCGACUCAGAAGCCCCAGACCUGAAGCAGGAGGAGCGUCUACAGGAGCUAGAGAGCUGCUCCGGGGUGGGCAGCACCUCCGAUGACACAGAGGUCAGAGAGGUCAGCUCUCGGCCCAGCACCCCAGGGCUCAGCGUCGUCUCAGCGACAUCAGAAGACAUCCCCAACAAGACAGAGGACCUGCGGUCAGAGUGCAGCUCGGACUUUGGGGGGAAGGACUCUGUGACCAGUCCAGAUGGGGAGGAGUCAUCCCACGGAGCACAUCACAGUUUGGCCUCUCCGCCCUCUCAGGCUGACUCCUUACUGGCCAUGUUUGAUCCCCUCUCUUCCGGCGAAGAUUCCUCCACUGGUACCAUCGUGAGGCCCAAGGUGCACUACGCCAGACCCCUUCAUCCUCCGCCUGACCCACCCAUCCCAGAGACCUGUGCCCUGGGCCAGGAGCCCCGCUACUCCCUGUUCAUGCCCCACUGCCUGGCCCAAGCCGAGCUGGAGCACACCAAGCAGCGCCACUCCUACACAGACAGGCUGGUACGCAGCCGCAGCUCUGACAUUGUGUGCCCAGGCCGCCGACCCACCAGCGACCCGGGCCUGAAUCGCAGGGCUGCAGCCGAGGAGCGGGACCAUGCGGGGGCCUUCUUUAUGGGGCCGUUCUCGUCUCCUAGCAAGGACUCCCUGAAAGGGGAGGUUGAGGAGAGAAAGGACAGUGAUGAGGAAAAGUCUGAUCGCAACAGACCGUGGUGGAAGAAACGCUUUCAGUCAGCCAUUCCCAAAGUGCUGUAUUGGACGGCUGAGAGUGAAGUCCCAGCUCCGAUAGCAGCCUUACGGAAAAGGGACAAGCAGGAGAAGGACAAUAUGGGCCAUGAACGUGUCCCACAAGACGACCCUCUGUCCAGGAACUCCCAGGCCCAGGCAGCAGAAGACAUCCUUGACAAGUACAGGAACAUCAAGAGGACCAGUCCCAGUGAAGGAGCCACUGCUGCAGCCUACGACGCCACAGAGUUGUGUGGAGAGGAGUGUGUGCACAACUCCCCCAGAGACGAAGCUCUGCAGAACAUAUCCACAGACGACCUGCCAGACUCAGCCAGCCAGACAGCCCAGCAACACGAUUCCAACAAGUUCUCAUUCAGUGAUGCAAAGAAGAAGUUGAGGCUGGCCUUGUGUUCAGCAGAGUCUGUGGCCUUCCCUCUCAUGGCUCCUGCCACCACACGCAAUGGGCUGCCUGACCACACAGACUUUGAAGACAACGAGAUCGUGUGCUUCCUGAAGGUCCAGCUGGCAGAGGCCAUCAACCUGCAGGAUAAGAACCAGAUGGCCCAGAUCCAGGAGACCACGCGCUGCGUCAGCCGCUUCGACGCACGCACCUGCAGGAAGCUGCUGGCUGCCAUUGCUGAGGAUUACAGGAAGCGGGCACCCUACAUAGCAUAUCUGACACGGUGUCGGCAGGGUCUGCAGACAUCCCAUGCCCACCUGGAGAGGCUGCUGCAGAGGGUGCUGAGGGACAAGGAGGUAGCUAACCGCUACUUCACCACAGUCUGUGUUCGCCUCCUACUGGAACACAUGGAGGCGAAGUCCCUGGACUUCAUCAAAGCCUUCCAGGGGUGCACAGCAUCAGACGACAAGACUGCGGCUGUGGAGGACUUCCUGCGCUACCUAUACGGGGCCAUGGCCCAUGAUGCCAUCUGGCAGUACGCCAGCGAGGAUCAGCUGCAGGAUGCCCAGAUGGCCAUCGAGCGCAGCGUCAUGAACCGCAUCUUUAAGCUGGCCUUCUACCCCAACCAGGACGGGGACAUCCUAAGAGACCAGCUUCUUCAGGAACACAUAGCACGUCUCUCAAAAGUGGUGACAGCGAAUCACAAAGCUCUUCAAAUCCCAGAGGUGUAUGCGAGGGAGGCUCCCUGGCCGUCUGCCCAGUCAGAGAUCCGGACCAUCAGUGCCUACAAGACCCCUCGGGACAAAGUGCAAUGUAUUUUACGCAUGUGUUCCACCAUCAUGAAUCUCCUGAGUCUGGCCAACGAGGACUCUGUCCCCGGAGCUGACGAUUUUGUCCCUGUGCUCGUCUUUGUCCUGAUAAAGGCAAACCCGCCUUGCCUGCUGUCCACUAUUCAGUACAUCAAUAAUUUCUACGCCAGCCGGCUGAGUGGGGAGGAGUGCUAUUGGUGGAUGCAGUUCACCGCGGCAGUGGAAUUCAUUAAGACCAUCGACGAUCGCAAGUGAAGCAGAACGAACAGCCACCUGUAUGGGCAGACCGUGGUGAAGGAGACUGGACUGGGAGGCUUCCCAACCAACUGCUCCCUCUCUCUCUGCUCCCCACAGCCACCAGGACCACACCCUGUCUGCUGUCUGUUUGUAUAGCUGUACAUAGUCAGAGACUGAGAGUAUAUAUGAUUAUUAAGCUGGCAAAAUCCAGGUUUUACAGUAGAGGAAAAGACCUUGGAAAAAUGGCAGAUUUAAACUAAUUAGAUGUGUUUUCCUUUCAUCUCUUGGGUCUCCUUAGUCAUGGUGAGGUGUGGGGGUCUGUAUCUAAAGUGUUCUAUCUUAAGUUAUGAUUCUGAUGUUAAAUUGACUGAUAAAGCUUCUAAUCAGAUGAAAGGGAACCAUGUUUCCUAGAGAUGAUCUCAGAUAAAUGUAGUAGUAGGUGAUGGAAGUUCUUCCUUGUUAAAUUGUACAAUCUUUCCCCUGAAAUACUUAUGCUCUUCAGAUGCAUUGUAUCCGGGGAAUCACAAAACUCAAUAGAUACUGAGUAUUCGUGACUCAAUACAUUAUAAGAUCAAUCCAAUAUACUAAUGGUAAUGUUUAUUUUUAACGCUACCACAUUGAUAAAAGGGUAACUUUUUUUCAUCAAAUGUAAACAAAUGUAGUCAUUUCAGUUCAUCCUUUCCUAAAUACUUAUUUUUAUGUGGCAAUUUUGACACAAGGGCCCACAUAUUUAUAUAUGAAAUAAAAUGUAUGUAUUUAUUUCAUUCUAUUUAAUGCUUUUAAACAAAAAACAAAAAACAAAAAAAUAUAUGGUGUUAGGACAAGGAGCAGUGUUGUCCUUGGACUGAAAAGCCCCCAGGAUGAGAUAUCAGUAGCACGGCUUAUUUGGAAAUACUGAAAAUGAGUGCCUUGAGGGGUGUUUUGUGUAAGUCUUCAUUUUCUAUACUUGAGUAUUAAGGUUCUGCUCUUUAUUUUCCAUAAAUGAUUGGCAUUACUCCCCCCCCCAUUAUCACCAGUGAGCCCCACAGCCUCUUUUUAAGAAACCUCUGUCCAACCUCUAUGCUGGGAGUGACCUCUGAGGAGGACAGGCAGUGUGUGGAACACCGCUGGUUGUUUCAGUUAAUUCCCUUUGCUCUCAUUUCCUUCCCAUUACCGUUAUGCCCUUGAAUAUCCAAGAUUCUACCUCGGUUAGAACCAAUGAACCUGCAAUUUAUUUUUGGGCACAAAUCUUUAACAUUGGUUGGAUAGAAAGAAUAAUGGAACAGGUAUUCACUGUUCAAGGGGCUUCUAUAGCAUCUUCCCCUGCUACAAUGAAGCAUACUAGUAUGUCAUAUUUUUACUUUAGGCGGGUCAAAGUAACCUUUAGUAUUCAAGGUAGUAAAGCAUUUCCAAGCGAAUAAAGUUAGGUAUUUCUGUAGUUGAAUGCAUGUAUGUUUCAGCAUAGAGCAGACAGGCUAGUGAUUGGAUUAGCUCUACCUCACAUGAUCAAGAAAGGGACUCUUCACGUGUAUGCUCGCGUGGAUUAUUUUAUUUAUUAUACAAUUUUAGAGCGCAGGGAUAUUCCAGUUUCAUAAUUUUCUUCCACUUACAGGCAUGUUGCUCUUUUGCCUGUUCUGUGUCCAAAAAAAAGAAGUGGAAAAAAACUUUUGAAAUCACUUGCAGCCAAAGUCAUCAAAACUCAAACUCCUGUUCUGUUUUCAUUGCAGCUACAAAAGAAGGAACACACUGUUUGUGCGCUUAGUAUUGUGCCAAGUGUUUUGUCUUAUUUGAUGUGUUAAAUGACUGCUUUCAUAUCACAUGAAUAGACGGCACAACAAAAAGAACAAACAAUCAGAACACUGACAUGUUACUGACUGCUGGAAAAAGGCUGUGAUGGGCGAGAGGUUUGUAUGUUGAAUGUGUGAGAGGUUGGCCUGUUAAACAAGUGCAUCUGCCCUGUCUCCUCUUGCACUGUCUUAUAGGAUGGUCUUCUUACUGUAGCUACAGUACUACACGAGCAGUAAGUCCUUGCUGGUAAAAAAAAAUCUCUAUAAAUACUUCUAUUUUCCAACUCAGGCCAGGUAUGAAAGGGUUGAGAAGAAUGAGGCUUGGUUUUCUUUUGAGUCUGUGACCCUGAUGUCAUUUAUUUUUAAAAGUUCAGAGCUAAAUUACUCUUGAGUUUUUGUAUGGGGUUAGCAACGCUUGAGCCCGACAUUCUACAAGCAGAACAUUUGACAUGUUUUCUACUUCCCUGCUCUUUAGUAAUGAGUUGCAUUAAUUUGAACUACUGCCUCUGACAUUAAAAUACUCUAAUUGAGGUGAUUAUAUGGGUAGUUUAGCUAGGUCUUACUGUUAGUCAUAAGGACACACAUUUAUAAGCAAUCUCUAAACAUGGAAUGUCUUUCUCCCAUUCCCGGACUUGUCUUCCUGGUUUUUGAGGAAUAUGUGUGUACAGCGUCUACCGUUUUUAAAUACACCUCUGCUAAAUAGAUGAUACUGUUGUCUAACCUGUUUGAAAACACACCAUGUACUAUGUCACCAAAUACAGAUAGACUGUAUCUAUAACUGUUUGUGGUGUCACUUUAGAGGUACUGUACAGUACAGACCAAAUGUGAAACAAUCUGGACCUGAAUAGUGUUUCAAUGUUCCCUUAUACAUAUCAGUGACUCUUUUUAGCUAAAACAAAAAACUACAACCAGCCUUAGUGUCUGACCUGAUUGAUACUGUUCAUACACAGUGACAGAAUACCUCGUAUUGUGAAGUUCAAGUACACAUCCUAACAUUGAGAAGUCUGUACUAUAGCCUGAUAUAGCAUUGAUUGUAUGCAAACAAGUAGACCGUUGGUGGACGAAGAGACACUUGCCUAUGAAAUCUGGUCUUCAAAGCUUUACAAUCCUCCCUGUGCUCUGGUCCCUGUACAGAUUAGGCAGAAUAAUACAUUUGACAUUUGUAAGCUUGCACAAUUAUGACAUAUGCAGAGGGAUAGGCGAUCUGUCUUUAAUGUGAUUAAUGUAUUAUAUAAUUCUUAAACUAUUAAACAGUCAUUUUUCUGUUA